AGCAGUGGAUAAACUCAGAGAAGGAAGAAGAAGACGAAGGCUAAGAACUGGAGGCAUUCCUUCACUGAGUUUGAGCUUCAUCUUCUCUUCGUAAUUUGUGUCAAUGGCGGCUUUGGCUCUCUCUAAUUACACUCUCUUCUCUCCUCGCGCUUCUACUUCCUCCAGAGCCAUAGAAUCCACGUCCCUUGUUACACCGUCUCUUUGUUUUCUUCAUAAUCCUCGCCAUCGCUCUCGUCUUUCUUACCCAUUAUUAAGUUUCUCUCCAGCCUCCCAUUCUUUUCCGGUUAGACGUUCAUUCUUACCGUGUUUUUCUGCUCAAGAUUCUGUUCCCAAUAAGGUAAAUACAGAAGAGGAUGAUGGAAAAUAUGAGAAUAAGGCAGGAGAUGAGCUUCAUGGAUUGAGUUUACAGGCCCUCAUCAACGUAUACCGUGAAGCGUUUCUUGAUGGAAAUCAAAAGACUAUUUCUAAAGUUGAAGCGAAACUAAAAAAUUUCGAAAGGGAGAAGGACGGGUUAUUUCAGAAAGUGUCGGAUACGUCGGCCGAGAUAACAUCUGGAAAAGAGAACUAUAUACGUUUACAAGCUGAUUUUGAUAAUUUUAGGAAAAGAUCAGAAAAAGAAAAACUUACCGUGAAGAACAAUGCCCAAAAAGAGGUUAUUGAGAGUCUAUUACCAAUGAUCGACAGUUUUGAGAAAGCCAGACAACAAAUUGUUCCUCAAACUGACAAGGAGAAGAAAAUUGAUGUAAGCUACCAGGGUAUAUACAAACAAUUUGUGGAGGUGUUGAGGAGCUGGCGCAUCUCUGCUGUUGCCGCUGUAGGAAGGCCAUUUGAUCCCUCAUUACAUGAAGCUGUAGCUCGAGAGGAGUCGCAGGAGAUCAAGGAAGGGAUCAUCAUUCAAGAAUUACGACGCGGGUUUCUUCUCGGAGAACGUCUUCUAAGACCAGCAAGAGUAAAAGUAUCAAAAGGUCCAGGUAAGAAGAAUUCCCCCACAACCAACUCUGAGAAACCGACCGAUCAACCUGCAACUGCUACUGCUAGAGUAGACGAACACUAAUUAUGCAACGCCGUUUUUCAGGUUGAUAUAAAAGCAUUGGAUUUGUUGUCGUAAUGCAAGCACCAUGUUGUAAAUGUAUCUCCUAAAACUUCCCAUUUCAACUAGGCUUUUGAUUCAUACCAUUUUAUGGAGGGCAUUGGAAGAACUCACUCUCCAUUUCACUUCUGUUUUAUACACGUGAUAAAGGGCACAAUUGGGUUAAAGAUUUCAUUUAUGCAAGCUUUUUGAGAUGGCCAAAUA